CAAACUCCUACACAAGCGCCUCCAACACCUAAUCAUUAAAACACACACACAUACACACACACACACAUACACACAUACACACACCCUAUCUCCACGGAUACUAAACUUAUACACAACACCGCGUCCAUCAUAGCCUUGAAACAUCGGGCUUGAACAUCACCACACACCACGCCACAUUUUUCUGUAGGUUUUUCCGUGGAAUGAGCAUUCCAUGCAGCAUCUUAGGUAUGAAUGACGUGGCCUGGCAGGAGACGAGAGGCGGGAUGCUGCACACAAAUGGUGCGCCAGAGACUGGAGGGGUCAGAGUCCUUGCAGGGGGUUCUCUAGCCACAGUAGGAGGUGCUGGGCAGGGACCUGGAGGAGCUCACCCUCUGCCAGGUAUGGACCGGGUGGCAAAUCCCAACCCCGGGACCCCUCAGCCUCCACUGAGCGGUCGUUCCCAAGAUGAUGCCACUGUGGGCUAUUUUUUUCAAAGGCAGCCUGGGGAGCAGUUGGGUGGCUGCACUGCAAGCAAACACCGCUGGCCUACUGGUGAUGGAAACCAUGUUGACCAGGUGCGCACUGUGGAUGAGAUGAAUUAUGACUUUCAAGCCUUGGCUCUGGAGUCUCGUGGAAUGGGUGAGCUACUUCCUGCUAAAAAAUUGUGGGAAUCAGAUGAAUUGGCAAAAGAUGGACGCAAAGGGAUGUUGUUGGGUGAAGAAUGGAGAGAAAAUGCCUGGGGUGCUUCCCAUCAUUCUGUUUCUCAGCCCAUUAUGGUGCAAAGGCGACCAGGCCAGAGCUACAACGGGAACGGAGAUGCAAGCUCGGUACUGUCCCCUCGCUCAGAAGGGGGUGGUCUGGGUGUGAGUAUGGUGGAGUAUGUCCUCAGUUCUUCCCCUGGAGACAAGAUGGAUGGUCGCUACAGAAACGGAGGCUAUGGUGGAGCAGAUGCAGAUCCAGAUGGCAGGGAGAAAGGUGAUUCAAAAGAAAAGACUUCUCCAUUUGAAGAAGACAAAAGUCCUGAGUUGAAAGUCGGAGAUGAAGGGGAUGCCUCAAAAGCAAAUUCCAGAGGAUUGCUGAAUGGGAUGGAUCGCGACUGUAAAGACUUCAACCCUACCCCAGGCAGUCGCCAGGCUUCCCCCACAGAGGCCGUAGAACGGUUGGGCCCCAAUCAGGCCGGGUUGGAAAUUAUGGCACAGCACCACCCGCAUACUCUGCAGCCACCCAACCCUGUCACAAACAAACCUCCCACCGAGGACUUCCAGAGCCAGGAAGCCCAGAGCAUGGGCGGCAUGGAGCAUCAAGCAGGCAUGGAGUCGCUCCAAUUUGACUAUGCUGGGAACCAGAUCCAGGUGGACUCAUCUGGUGCUCCAGUCGGCUUGUUUGACUACAACUCCCAACAGCAGUUGUUCCAGAGAUCCAGUCAUCUUACAGUUCAGCAGUUGACCGCAGCACAGCAGCAACAGUACGCCCUUGCUGCAGCCCAACAGCAACACCUUGGCCUUGCACCUGCUUUUGUGCCAAACCCUUACAUCAUCAAUGCUGCCCCUCCUGGAGCAGAUCCUUACACCGCUGCAGGAUUGGCAGCAGCUGCCACACUUGCAGGUCCAGCUGUAGUCCCUCCUCAGUACUACGGAGUGCCGUGGGGCGUGUAUCCAGCCAAUCUCUUCCAACAACCGGCUGCAGCUGCUGCCAGUCAUUCCGCCAACCAGCAGGCGUCCAAUCAGGGUCCAGGACCGGGACAACAGGUGAUUCGUGCAGGGACCAAUCAGCGACCUUUGACCCCUGGCCAGAGCCAACAGAGUCAGCAGGAGUCCCUUGCUGCAGCUGCUGCAAACCCAGCGCUGGCCUUCACAGGCAUGCCAGGUUACCAAGUUCUAGCACCGGCUGCUUACUAUGAUCAGACUGGAGCACUGGUUAUGGGUCCUGGAGCUCGCACUGGCCUGGGUGGACCUGUCCGACUGGUCCAAACCCCUCUCCUCAUCAACCCAGCAGCUGCACAAGCUGCUGCAGCGGCAUCUGCAUCAGGUUCUGGUAACAGCAUGUCUGGUCCUGCUAAUGGUCUGUACCGGUCCAUGGGUUGCCAACAGCCCCAGCAGCCUCAACCUCAGCAGCAGCCACCUCCACCCUCUAGUGGCCUGCCUUCCAACUCCUUCUAUGGCUCUGGCUCAGUGGCGCCCAGCUCCCAGAGCAGCUCGCUAUUCUCUCAUACAAGUGCGGCACCUCCUAGCACCUCUCUGGGUUUCAGCAGCACUGGUGGAUCUCUAGGUGUUGGGCUAGGCUCUGCACUUGGUGCCUUUGGCUCCUCAGUAUCAAGUUCCACUAGCAGCAGCGCAACCCGUCGGGACUCCCUUUUGGCCAGCUCUGACCUGUAUAAGCGUGGUGGUGGUAGUAGCUUGACACCCAUUGGCCAAUCUUUUUACAACAGCCUAGGAUACUCUUCCUCCCCCAGCCCCAUUGGACUGACGCCUGGCCACUCCCCUCUGACACCUCCACCCUCUCUGCCCUCCUCCCAUGGGUCCUCAUCCAGCCUCCAUCUGGGUGGUCUGACCAAUGGCAGUGGUCGUUAUAUUUCGGCUGCACCAGGAGCAGAAGCCAAAUACAGGAGUUCAGGCAGUACCUCCAGUCUUUUUAGCUCUAGUAGUCAGCUCUUUCCCCCACCACGAGCCCGCUACAGCCGCUCAGAUGUCAUGCCUUCAGGACGUAGCCGCUUACUGGAGGACUUCCGAAAUAAUCGCUUUCCCAACCUGCAGCUGCGAGACCUUCCUGGUCACAUGGUGGAGUUCUCUCAAGACCAGCACGGAUCCAGGUUUAUUCAGCAAAAGUUGGAACGUGCAACUCCUGCAGAGAGGCAGAUGGUGUUUGGGGAGAUCCUACAGGCUGCUUACCAACUCAUGACCGAUGUCUUUGGGAACUAUGUCAUACAGAAGUUCUUUGAGUUUGGCAGUGUGGAUCAGAAACUGGCACUUGCGACUCGUAUCCGUGGCCAUGUGUUGCCGCUGGCUCUGCAGAUGUACGGUUGUCGUGUGAUUCAAAAAGCUCUGGAAUCCAUCUCUUCUGACCAGCAGGUAAUUAGUGACAUCGUACGGGAGUUGGAUGGUCAUGUGCUGAAAUGUGUCAAGGAUCAGAACGGAAAUCAUGUGGUGCAGAAAUGUAUUGAGUGUGUCCAGCCCCAGGCUCUUCAGUUCAUCAUUGAUGCCUUUCAGGGACAGGUGUUUGUUUUGUCCACUCAUCCGUAUGGCUGCAGGGUGAUCCAGCGUAUCCUGGAGCACUGUACCCAGGAGCAGACCCUGCCCAUCCUGGAAGAACUCCACCAGCACUCUGAGCAGCUGGGACAGAAGUAUCAAGGCGUUUCAUUGGAGAUGACCCCCAAAACAUAUUAUACAGUGUCCAGCGAUGCACUGUUCAAGGAUCAAUAUGGUAACUAUGUGAUCCAGCAUGUUUUGGAGCAUGGGCGUCCAGAAGACAAGAGCAAGAUAGUGGCGGAGGUCAGAGGGAAGGUUCUGGCUUUGAGCCAGCAUAAAUUUGCAAGUAAUGUUGUUGAGAAGUGUGUGAUUCAUUCUUCCCGUGCGGAGAGGGCCCUGCUGAUUGAUGAAGUCUGCUGUCAGAAGGAUGGCCCUCACAGUGCCCUCUACACCAUGAUGAAGGACCAGUAUGCAAAUUAUGUAGUGCAAAGAAUGAUUGACAUGGCUGAACCUGCCCAGCGCAAGAUCAUCAUGCACAAGAUUCGGCCCCAUAUUGCCACUCUCCGUAAAUACACAUAUGGAAAACACAUCCUGGCUAAGUUGGAGAAGUACUACAUGAAGAGUGGAUCAGACCUAGGCCCUAUUGGGGGCCCCACCAAUGGCCUAAUGUAAGGGCCUCCCACCCAACCCAAGCCCCAUUCCCUCAAAACCACGUCUGUUAUGGGCAUCUCCUCCACCAUGGAGUUCAUACCCUUUAGGGGUUUUACCAAAAAAAUUAUUGGCCUCACCUAAGAAUGCUGAGAUGUCUGACUAGUCGCUGGUGCAGUCCCCAUUGUUACCUCCACCACCCCCCACUAGAGAGUGCAUGGUCUGUAAGCUGUUUCCUGGGUAAAGCACAACACCCUUGUUCAUGAUGUAAUUGAUGUAACUGACUGUUUCCUUUUUUUCUUUUCUAGUAAAUAUCUUGUACAUUUUUUUACCUUGUACAUUCUCUGUAGAAAAAGAAAUGUUUGCUGAAGAUUUACAGUUCUUACAAUUUACACCAGCAAGUGACUUUAUAAGGCCAAACUGAGUGAUCCUUUUUAAUUAACUUUCUUUUUGUUUUGUUUUGUUUUUAUAUCCAUUCUUCUUAAUGGCACAUUCAAGAAGCGUGGUACAUUUAAGCCCUGUUUUAGCCCGAUGGUACACAUGCCAAAGCUGCUGAUGAAAAAUAAUGAACCAGUCAGCUUGAUCUUAAAAAAUUCUUGCUUGUAGAUGACUACUUCCGUCUGCCGUGCCAUUGAGUUAGUUGCGUUAAGAUAUUCUCAACCAAUCAUAGAGCUUUGCUGCCUAGAGUUUGCUGCCUUUAAAUGGGGGUCGUAUCAAUAAGAAAUGGUUUGAAGUGGCUGCAAUUGUCAUCUAUUUUCUUCUUUCCCUCCCUCGCACCAUAUUUGAUUAACUGUUCCGUUUUGUUUUGUUUUGUUUUUUUAGAAGCGUGUGGUUACAGUAUACUAUACACCCCACUGACCAAGUCUGUUGCACACCUAUUGUCUUGGUUCAUUAUUAUGUUUCGAAUGAAUUGUAAGGACACCAGUGCACCUGCCAUUAUACACAGCUAUGAGUUAGACCGAUACCUGGAAUUUUUCCAUUUUGGGGUGCGUGGGAGGUAUGCAAGGUGUGCAGGGGGUGGGGAGAUUUGGCAUGCUGUGUCUGGAUUUAAUGUUUUAAUGGAAUGAUUUUUCUUUGUCAUCAUGUUUGUGGAACAUCUGUCUGUUGAGUAGUUUUUUUGAACACUGCCCUAGAAAUGGUAUGGUUGUACUGAUUAUCAUCUCUUUACAUUGUAAUAGCUUAGGCAAAAUGUAUAGCAUCUUCAUGUACAAGUACAAAUAUUAAAUUGUUGCUGUUUUUUGGGUGUGGGGGGAGACGGCGCUUGAGUUUUAGAUGAUGCUCUCUUGGGCAAAGUGGAGAAGUUGGUAGGCGACGUCCCUGUCCUUGGAGUCAUCCAAGGGCGUUUGGCUUCGGAGCAAGUAGGACAUAUUUGAUUUCAUGAACGUGAGACGUUGCGGGGUAGGAUCAAAUGUGCGGCAUUCAGCAGUGUAGAUUGAGAAUGUGCAAGAGUAUACUUUUCAGACAAUGGACGUGGGGCUGCCGUCUUCUGCUGCACAAUUUUUCUGUAUGGCUAAUAUAUUAAUGGCUUUUGUUCCUUUGCUUCAUAUGAAUAAAUGUAGAAUACAUGUAGUAUAUGUGGAGUUAUUAAGUGUAAGUUUAUUAGUUAAAUAGAAGAAAAAGAAUCUAGUUGUGAUGUUGGACAGGCCUUGCUAAAUUGCGUAGUGAUUUGCUUUUAUUUUGUCUGUACAGUUGUACAUUUGUAAACGUUAACGCUGUAAAUGGAAUGUCUUUUACACUUUUUGGGGAAGAAAAAUCAAAAAUGUGCAUUUUGAUGUGUGAAUAUUCAUCACUCCUUUCCCUUUGAAUAUAAUGUAUACAGUUUUCUUUGAACAAGCGUUAUUUUAAAAAAAAAAAGAAAAAAAAAACUUUUUAUGCGUCACAAUCUCAAGGUGGUUUUGUUUUUAAUCAGUUCUUGGAAAAGGUCAGCCUCUUUAUGUACCUGGAGCAAUGACACCUUCUGUUAACAUGGUCAUUUUGACGUGUGGCAGUUGAAUAAAAUAACUAAAAAUGUAUGAAUUAAAAAAAUUAAAAAAAACAUGGGGCUGUCUUUGGUUCUACCUGCUACCAUGGAAAUUUCACAGGACAGGACAAGAAUUAUUUUUGUAUAAAGGAGUGCUGUAUUUUGGAGCAGCCACUAACUUGUAAGCAAAGUAAUUGUAAGAUAUUGUCAAUUAUAUAAAUAUGAACAUAUGAGUUUUGUCACACUGUCAAAGUCAUGUACAUUUUCAGGUGGCCUUAUGUACAUUUCCAGAUGUUAGAUGAGAAAACUUUUUUUUUGGAAGCAGAAUUGUGACUAUGUAUGAUUAAACUGUUCUUCUAACAUUUGA